ACUCAGUGUUGUUCAUGUUCAGUCGGCCCGUCUGUUUGGCGCGUCGAGGUUGUGUUGAAUCGUGUUUUCAGCCGCUCGCACCGACCCACGUGCGCAUGCUACUGCGUUGCUGAUAAGUGCCUGACUUUUGACUGCCGAUAACAUUGUCCGCGUCGAAACGACCAAUCAAACAAAAGGGAAAAACGCUGCAUUUUAACUCACUUUUUUGCGCUAUUGACAUUGAUUGAUAACCGACAGGACAGUGUAUGUGGACAGUGGAAAGUGAUCUAUUGGUGGCUACGGGACGUUUUUGUUUUACCGACAAACUGAGGAAUAUAACAGCAGCGGAGGAAUCGCUCUGGAAAUACCUAAAAGGGUAGCGAUGUCGCGGCCCGCGCCCGCGUGAUGCUCGCCCCGCUCGCGCCGCGCCGAGAACUGGACGCCGAAACGCCGGUCGUCUGGCCUGCAUGGUGCUACUCAGGUGAAGGAGGGGGCGGCGGGGCGCGGCGCUGCGCGCGCGAUGCGGCGUCGCCCGCGCACGCGCCCGCGCCGGCGCCGCCGCACGUCAAGAUCGAGCGGCUCAGCCCCCACGACUCCACCGCCUCCAGAUCCCGCAGCGUGACGCCGUCAACGUCGUCGUACCCGGGCACGCCGCCGGAGCGCGGCAGCCCGCACGCCCCGCCGCCGCACCCACCGCGCAACUACUCUGACAUCAUGCGCUCCCUCGCGGCGCGGUACAACAGCCCGCCUAACGACUACUUCCACCGCAUGAACGGCUUCGGCGCGGAGCGUGCGCCGGCGCAGGAGGCGACGGACGCGCCGCUCGGCGGGCUGUUCACAAAGAUGGCGAAGCAGCAGGGCGGCCCGCCGCGGCUGCCCGCCUUCCCCGUCAUGCUCGACAUGAGCUCGACUAAGACGCUGCUAGCGAUAUCCCGAGUGGGCCGCGGAGGGCGCUCGAGACGCAAGCGCGCCGGGACAGCACCGGAGCACUCGCCGCUGGAUCUGUCGGCAGCGGGCGAGAGCGCGGCCAAACGCGCGAGGCUCUCCGCCAGCCCGAGCACCAGGAGCGACAGCGGCGAGAGGGACCCCGUGUCUAAUGAUGAGCGAGGCGAGGCGCGCGACUGCUUAUGCGCGGAGGCCCGCGCGCGCCUGUCGGCGUGGACGGUCGACGACGUCUGCGAGUUCGUCACGUCCAUCGACAUCUGCGCAGAAUACACAGCGAACUUUCGCGAGCAGAGAAUCGACGGAGCCGGUCUUCCCCUCCUCACCGAAGACCACCUCACAGGCAUGCUGCAGAUGAAGCUAGGGCCGGCGCUCAAGCUCAAAGCCGUCCUGGCGAGGAGGCUCGAGCCGUGCGCGAGCUGCCAGGCACAGGCCCAAGCCAGUCCCACUACUGUCAGGAUAAACGGGGCAGCCCUAAAGGCGGAGCCACGGAGCAACACCACUAGCCCUAGUUAGGGUUAAAAUAGUAUUAACUUUCUUUUUUUUAAUAAUGUCGUGUUUCGUGUUUCAUUUCGGCCAGGUUCUGAGCGCGUUUAUGGUGCAGUCAUAUAUUAUGUGGAUUCUAAUGGUGUAAAAACAAAUCACGUUAGAAAUAUCGAUGUUUGUAAAAUUGUGAUGUAUUUUUGGCAUUAAAUGCGCUCGUGAACCUGAUUUUUAAACAAUUUUAAAUAUAACAGAAUAAUCAAUGUCAUUUAUAAUAAUUGAAUAUUUUUACUCUAGUAUCAAGAGCGACGAAAACGGGGUUUUUGUUUUGAACAUAUCGAACACGAACCACGCCUGCACUAGCUAAUAAUACGACUCCUAAGUCAUCGAGUCCACAUUUCAGUCUUCCUGUAUUUGUAUAUGUAGAUUUUGCAUUUAGUUAAUUAUUACAUUUAUGUGUACACUUAGCUUAAUCUAUGUAAAUAUAGAUCGUGUAUUGCCGUCCAAAAUGACUUAAUGAAUAAUUUUGUGAAGUAUAUUUGUGUCUAAAUACUUCGCGGACCUUAAAUAGUAAAAUUCGGUGCUAAGACCCUGAGGGAAUAUAAAAACAGUAAAAGCUGUUUAAAAAUGUAUAUAAUGGCCGUUUGUAAAAAUUGUUACUUAUAUAUUUUGAGGCUACUAUAAUCUACAUCUAUACAGGGUCACAAAGAUAUACUGUAUAUACAUACAUAGUUUGUAAAGAUGUAUAUUUACGUCACUGUAUCAUAGCAUUUAAUACACCUGAAAAAAGCUCAGUAUAAUGAUACCGAAUACAGUAAUAUUACUUAGUACAUAAUACGAUUGUGUAAUUUAGUAUAAAUAAUACCUUUUUCCAACCCGCAUAAUAUUUGCCUGUAUAAAAGAUGUAAAUAAGUACGUUCCACUUGCGACUAGUUUUCAGUUCUAUUUUACUAUAGAGAUAAAUACAAUGUAACGAGUAGGUGUUUACCUGUGGUAAUCUCCUUAAUUGCCAAAAUAGUAUAUGUUUUGCAACAUAUAGACAAUACGUAUGUAUACAUACAAUAUGUUAGAGUAACGUGAUGGACAAGCGAGAAAAAACUUUUCUUUGAAAGGCACGAUAUAAUUUUUCUAUUAUAUUAAAACAUUAUACAGCACGUCUUCCAACACAUAAAUCACCUAACAAUAGUAAAUAGUACUGAUAGAAUAAUAAUCCUAGCAUAAUCGCAACACAUACGAUUUAAAAAUAUAUUUAAAGGUGCUAUUUUGGUGAUAAAAAUCUUUGCUCGUGCCUUAAAAUAUAGUCUUCCUAAAAUGAAAAUAUAUUCAGAUGUUAAAGUAUUACGGUUCUACGCUUUAAAUCAGUUAAUACAAUAAUACUUAAUUAUAGAUAAUAAUUGAAAAUAUAAAUAGGUGAUGUUAUUUUAGCAUUAUAUUCAAGAAUCAGUGCUUUUAUUAUGUAACUAACGUAUAAUAGGACCAGUGACUUACGAAUGAAUGUUUAUGUGUGUAAUAUUUUUUGUUCCAUGUGAUUUAAGAGAUGACAAUAGUGUAGAUAUAAAAUAGAGUUAGUUGGGUUGUUUCAUAAAAUAAAUUGCUUGACAAUCUACUUAUGAGACAAAUCAAAUAACUCAAUUUAUCUGAAUCUGAUGAGUUCCAAGCGUGACCCGAGUCCAUUUUUUUUAUAAAAUUUAGUAAUUAUUACGGAGAAACUUCACAAGUAUAUUUCCCUGUCAUUAAAUUUAGUUUUAAUGUUUUAAAACCACGUCUACCUUUUUUACUAUAAAAACUACAUUAUUGACAGUGAAAUGGGCUUUGAUACUAAAAUAUAGACUAAACUUUGUAAGAAUCUAUUUUCAUAUUGCCGGUAGCAUCAAAACGCCAUGUGGGUAUGAGACAUUUUCGCAAAAACGCAUAAAUGAAACUUUUAAUAUAGUAUAUUUGGUACUUAAUCUUUUUAUACUUACUAUUCAUAUAGCGUUAUUUUACUACCGACUGAAUCAUAAAACUUAGUCUAUUUUAUUUCCGAAGUUACUAAAUAAUACUAAUCAGUACCUUAAAGAA